AGUCAGUUACAAAGAUGUCUGGACGCGGAAAGGGCGGAAAAACCAGAGCGAAGGCAAAGUCCCGGUCCUCCCGGGCCGGGCUGCAGUUCCCGGUGGGCCGCGUCCACAGGCUGCUGAGGAAGGGUAACUAUGCGCAGCGUGUUGGCGCCGGCGCCCCGGUGUACCUCGCGGCGGUGCUGGAGUAUCUGACGGCUGAGAUCCUGGAGCUGGCCGGAAACGCCGCCCGCGACAACAAGAAGACCAGGAUCAUCCCCCGCCACCUGCAGCUGGCCGUCCGCAACGACGAGGAGCUGAACAAGCUGCUGGGCGGAGUGACGAUCGCUCAGGGCGGCGUGCUGCCCAACAUCCAGGCCGUGCUGCUGCCCAAGAAGACCGAGAAGGCGAAAUGAAGCUCCGGGAGAAGCGCGCUGAU